CAUAAGGCAUUCUCUGCUUCGUGUAACUUCAGAUCAGUUGACUUCCAGGAUUAAGGCAACUUUCAUUCUAAAAGAAAAUGCUCUUCAAUUUGAGGAACCUGCUCAAUGCUGCAACUUUAAGAAAGAGCAGCAAGCAACUGGUGCAACAUUUUCGGUCUGGGCAACCAACUCAAACUAAUGUUAAUCUGAAAGGUCGUGACCUCCUAACUCUGCAAAAUUACACAGCAGAAGAAAUAAAGUAUUUGCUAUGGACAGCAUCAGAUUUGAAACAAAGAAUAAAGGACAAGGGAGAGUAUUUGCCUUUGUUGCAAGGAAAAUCUUUAGCCAUGAUUUUUGAGAAAAGAAGUACCCGAACAAGAUUAUCCACAGAAACAGGGUUUGCUCUCCUUGGGGGACAUCCUUGUUUCCUUACAACCCAGGAUAUACAUUUGGGCGUUAACGAGAGUCUCACAGAUACAGCAUGGGUGCUGUCUAGCUUGACAAAUGCAGUCUUGGCCCGGGUUUAUAAACAAUCUGAUUUGGACCUGUUGGCAAAAGAAGCCUCAAUCCCAAUAGUCAAUGGAUUGUCUGAUUCAUACCAUCCUAUCCAGAUUUUAGCUGAUUACCUUACACUCCAGGAACACUAUGGCUAUCUGAAGGGGCUCACAAUAAGCUGGAUUGGUGAUGGAAACAAUGUCCUGAAUUCCAUCCUGAUGAGUGCUGCUAAAUUUGGGAUGCAUCUGCGUGUUGCUACUCCAAAGGGCUUUGAACCGGACCCCAACGUAGUUAAGGUAGCUGAAGAGUACUCUAAAGAGUAUAGCACCGAAUUGUUUUUCACGACUGAUCCCUUGGAAGCUGCAAGUGGAACCAAUGUCCUAGUUACAGACACAUGGAUAAGCAUGGGACAAGAAAAGGAGAAGGCAGAGCGAAUGAAGGCAUUCCAAGGUUACCAGAUCACAAUGCAGAUGGGAAAACAAGCGGCCUCUGACUGGACCUUUUUACACUGUUUACCAAGAAAGCCAGAAGAAGUUGAUGAUGAAGUAUUUUAUUCUCCACGAUCACUGGUUUUCCAGGAGGCUGAAAACAGAAAAUGGACAAUUAUGGCUGUCAUGGUUUCCCUGCUGACAGAUUACUCACCACAGCUGCAAAAACCUACAUUUUGAUGCUUGGGUUCCUGCCAAGAGAAAAUAUUCCUCACCAGCAGAAUAUUCUAGUCUGCAAAUAUAUAGCUGUCUUUCAUACAGGACCAAAGCAAUGAAUGAAUCCUUAAAUAAAACUGCAUAGGUUGGCUCCGCUGAACUGUAUAAUAUUGCUUUGCACUCAUGAAAACUUUGGAGACGAUGUGAAUUAAACAGCACAGCAUUGCAAUAGUAGUGCUUUUCCUAGAUGCUUUAAGUUCUGUAGCUUUUGUAUCAAUUCAUGUCUCUUAAGUUUUCUAAAGCUGUAGUUUAGCGAAUGGAUCCAGCAGUGUCAUAAGCAGUGGUUUAUGUAUGUUGUGGUAGAACUAGUGUUGUAAACUUCCAAAUCUAUUGUAUAACCACUGUGCAGCUGCCCCUAAAUCUACUGGAUUUUCUUGCUGAUCUCGGGGCACAUGCUCAGAGAACUAGCACCUUCCUACUAUAUUCUGGGACCUCAACAUUCCCUUCUUAGUACAAUUUCCCUAGCUGCACCCUGGCCACCUUGUAACCCGACCUCAAUCUGGGUUUGAGACUGUAGAGGAAUCAGGAAAAUUCCUGAGGGCUAGCUGGAGAAUAGUGAUGUGGUUCACACAGAGGGAUUGCCACAGGGUUGGGUAUGGGAGAAGAAAGAUGGCUAAGAAGUAUUGGCUCACUAUACUUCCCUGCCCCGCUCCGUCAUCCAUCUGGACAGAAUUCUGGCCAAUGAAGCAAGUCCUCCAUUUUUUUCAUACUCUCUGUGGCAAAAAGCAAAGGUGAGGGGAUUCUAAGUGAAUGUUGCUUCACGGUGGGAGUUUGCUAGGUUUCAUCUAGCAGUGAUGUGUGGCAUGCAUACAGUUAAUUCCUUUUGGUAGUAAACAGAAGUUUGUGACAA